GAACGAUAGAGCUUCGCCUCGUAUCGCUAGGACCGUUCUUGCAGUGAAGCAGUGGUCCUCAGUCCUCAGGGCGUCCACGAGUGGAGCGGCUAGGCGUUACGUGCUUCUUCUCGGGCGUUUGAUAGGCGCUGGCGCUUGACCAACGGAGGUAACCGUAACGGUCCCUCUCUGGCGCCACGAUGUUGUCCGUGCUGGGUCCGCUCUCGUCACAGACGAAGCUGUUUGCUUCGCGUAACAAGCCGCGCGGUGACAGCUUCGUGUUCCGCCUCCACUAUCGCACGACCUUCGUCUUCGUCAUGGGCAGCUGCUUGAUGGUGACGGCCACCCAGUACCUCGGCGACAAGAUCGCCUGCCUCACCGACAGGGACGCGGUGCCUGAUAGGGUCAUCAAUACGUACUGCUUCAUCUCCAGCACGUUCUCGCUGCCCUCCACCUUCGGCCAGCAGGCGGGUCUGGAAGUGGCCCACAAGGGCCUGGGGCCGUCCACGCCCGACACAGAGACCAAGUACCACAACUACUACAUGUGGGUGCCGUACGUGCUCUUCCUGCAGGCUAUCAGCUUCUACGUGCCCCACUGGAUCUGGAAAAUGGUUCAGACCGACAAGGUCAACAACGUGCUUCAGGUAUGA